AUGGAUCAGUGCCCCUCUAACAUCGCAACGGGCCCUGCCGAUGCCGAAGAGUUAGCGGUUAGUGAAGCACUUAUCCCCGCAAGGGAAAUCAAACUUGCAACCACACUUCAGUUUACGUUUGACGGUCUUUUGGAUCCACCCCUGAAGCUUAAGGAAGAUCCAAAGGAAGGGUGCGGUGGUCAUAUUUGGCCAGCUGGGAUGAUACUUGCAAAAUAUAUGCUCCGGAAACAUAGGGAUGACUUGUUAGGGAAGCAGAUUGUUGAGCUCGGUGCCGGUAGUGGUCUUGUUGGUCUGGCUGUGGCACGGGGUUGCAAAAUCGACUCUCCCAUCUACAUCACUGAUCAGAUCCCAAUGUUACCACUAAUCGAAGGAAACAUCGCUUUGAAUGAACUAUCUGGCUCUGUGACUGCUGCAUUAUUGGACUGGGGAAAUUUGGAUGCUCUCAACAAUCUACCGCGGUAUCCCCAUAUCAUACUUGCGGCCGACUGCGUUUAUUUCGAACCGGCAUUCCCUCUGCUUGUAUCCACACUUGACGGAUUGAUGAACAAAGACUCCGUAUGUUACUUUUGUUUUAAAAAGCGUCGUAAGGCGGAUUCACGGUUUAUAAAAAUGGCCAGGAAAAUAUUCGAGAUCAUAGAAGUGACAGAUGGUAUUGACCAUGCUGCAUGCAAGCACCAGAGUAUAUUUUUGUACAUUUUAAAACGAAAGGUGCAGCUAGCAGGUGAUAAUAAUAUAUCUUCUAAUAGUACAUGA